UUUUUUAAGAUUUUCCUGUGGAUGAUCAUCAUGAAGAACAAAAGUGCUUGGUACGCCGCCUCCGAGAUCCGGUGUAGCAUGCGGGUGCCGCCAAUUAUUUGCUGUCCGACGUCGAUCCGCCACAUUGUCACCAUGACUUUGGGGUUGGUACAGAUGGACGACCUGCUGCUGCUGGAUUACUUUGUUGACUAGAGCCUCAAAUGAGUCAUGAGCGAUUGCCGCCAGCACAUGUAAACGCGUUGCCACCAAAUGCAAACCAGAUGCCCUCGUUGCUUCCCUUUACCAAGCUGUCCCGCUCCGUUGACCAACUGCAACACCCACUUAUCCCAUCGCAUGGAGAUUUUUGGGAGAGGUUUCACUGCUUUUAAUCAGCUCAACGUUCUGAUGCCAUUAACCAAAAUACUCCGUAGCGGAGUUUCGGACGUCGCUAUCGCUCGCGUAGUCCCCGCCAGCUUCAUCAACAUGAAGAGUCUUCUACGUAGAUUUCACCGUGCACCCUCCAGUGAAGCAAACGUGCCGUGCUCCAAUAGCCGUCAAAGUAGAUUCAGUCGUUCCAGUAGAAUCACUCAAAAGGCUUUCGUUCCAGCAGUCAAGCCUCUACCUGAGUCACUGGAAUCUCCUACACGCAGUCGAAAGCGUGAUCGACUCCGAAACUACCUCGCUCGCCGACGAGAGAGUAAAACCAAAGACAACCUGCCCUACCUAUGGCCAGCAAUUCUAUCGGCCGACAAGGAAGAGAUCCGAUCUUCAGAUGACACAGAAGAUGGCGACGACGUCUACAUGGUUGAUUACCAUAGCGACUCGGAUUCGGAUGACGACUCGCUCUGCGAAGACGACUACGUAACUCCACCUGUGGCUAUCCCAGAGAUGUAUCGAAGGCAAGACCGCCAAGGUGGCAUUACGGUGGCGGGGGCUCGAGUUCUGUUCACAUAUGCUGCAUUCAAGCGACAGCAAAUGAUGCGGGGCAAGCUCCAGUCGAUCCCUGAAGUUGAUCAGCUCUCGAUCCCUUUGGGGCUGCAUCGGGAGCACAUCGUCAUCGGAGCCUAUUGAGAAUAUUGUCUUAGUUGUUAUGAAGCGUUGGCCAACGCAGCAGGGUAAAACAUUUGCGUCUUACCAUUUCCACUUGCUUUCUUG